AUGAGAGAUUAUAUGUUUCUGGAGAGGCCUGUUGCCAAUCAUUCGGAAGCUGUCAAAGUUUAUCUCAAAGUUUCUCUUCAACAAUUAAUUGAUGUUGAUGAGAAAAAUCAAAUUGUUCACAUUAAUGCCUGGUUAAAUUAUAGAUGGACAGAUUAUAAAUUAGUCUGGGAUCCCACUGAAUAUGGUAAUAUAACAGAUAUAAGAUUUCCUACUGUCAAACUUUGGAAACCAGAUGCACUUUUAUAUAAUUCUGUUGAUCCAAAUUUUGAUUCAACCUAUCCUACAAAUAUUGUUGUUCAAAAUAAUGGUGAAUGUACCUGGAUACCACCAGGUAUUUUUAAAGUUAGUUGUAAGAUAAAUAUUCGUUGGUUUCCUUUUGAUGAACAAAGGUGUGCCUUAAAAUUUGGAUCAUGGACAUAUGAUGGUUUUAAGUUAGAUCUUCAACCUGAUGAAAAUGGUUUUGAUGUUUCUGAGUACCUUCCAAAUGGUGAAUGGGCUUUACCUUUAACUACUGUUAUAAGAAAUGAAAAAAGAUAUGAUUGUUGUGUUGAACCAUAUCUUGAUUUAACCUUUUAUCUUCAUUUACGUAGAAGAACUUUAUAUUAUGGAUUUAAUUUAAUUAUGCCUUGUUUAUUAACUACUGCAAUGUCUUUAUUAGGAUUUACAUUACCACCAGAUGCUGGAGAAAAAAUUACCCUUCAAAUUACCGUCCUCCUUUCUAUUUGUUUCUUUUUAAGUAUUCUUUCUGAAAUGUCUCCAGCUACCUCUGAAGCUGUACCUUUAUUGGGAAUAUUUUUUUCUUGUUGUAUGAUAAUUGUUACAUUAUCAACAGUUUUUACAGUAUAUGUUCUUAAUUUACAUUAUAGAACUUCUGAAACUCAUGAAAUGGGUGUAACAUCUAGAACAAUACUAUUAUAUUGGCUUCCAUAUUUAUUGAGAAUGGAAAGGCCAGGAGUUGUUUUGACAUGGGAAUGUCUACCACCAUUAUUACCAUGGACAAAACCAAAAAAACAUAGUGAAUCUUUGAUAAGAAAUAUCAAAGAUGUUGAGACAGGUUCUAGUAGAAGAAACUCUUUAGAUAUUGAACAUCGCCUUCAUCAAUAUAUUACAACGGGUAAGAUAAAUGGAAUGAUUAGUUAUGGAAAAGGUACCCCAAUCAAAGAUAAUACUUCAUCAUCUGGUAAUUCUUCAUCACAAGAAAAUACCAGAAAAGCAACAUUAUUGAUAUUACAAAGAAUUUAUAAUGAAUUAAAAAUUAUAACAAAAAGGCUUGUUGAGGCUGAUCGAGAUGCAGCACAGUCAAAUGAUUGGAAAUUUGCUGCUAUGGUUGUUGAUCGUCUUUGUUUUUAUAUAUUUUCAUUCUUUAUCUUUGCUACAUGUUUGGGAAUCGUUAUUUCUGCACCAUAUAUUAUUGCAUAA